UUCGGUGUGUUCAGUCAUGUUGUUCGAUAGCUGAAAUGAUAUUGAUGUGUAUUUGCGUGUAAAAUUUGGCUAAAGCAAUGCAGUGUAGUGAAACCGGUGAAAUAGUAUGUUACCAUCAUAAAACACAAACGAAUUCAUCUUAAUAAAGUUGAACAGUCGUGUUUGGAAUAGGCGUUGGUUGUACAAGGUGUACGGUAUACGAAAAAAGACGCCAUCUUUAACAGAUCCAACACAACAGAAAAAAACCUACAAAACGAAGAUUUAUCUAAGCCGGAAAGUGUAUACUCUGUGUGAAGUGAAUGUGAAAUUGUGUGCUGAUCAUUUAAAUCUAGCACUGAAUGCACAAUUGUGUACUGUUGUUUGGUGGCUGCAAUUGUUGAAACGUUUAAGGAUACGAUAAUAAUCUUCUGUAUAAAGGCACGGAUAAUAUUUGGCGUUGUCUGUCUGUUGAGUUGGAGUUAGAUACUUGCUCAAGUGACACGGUUACUGUUGCGCUAAGACUCUGUCACGAUUAUCAUCCCAAUGGAAGAUCCAAACCGAAUGAUGGGAGGCCACGGUGGCUUAAUGCCACCGAAUUAUGGUAUGCCGACGAACGAUGGUCAAGCAGGAGUGGACAAUGAUCCUCGCAAACAAGAUAUCGGCGAAAUUUUACAGCAAAUCAUGAACAUCACCGACCAAUCGCUGGACGAAGCACAGGCCCGCAAACACACAUUGAACUGCCACAGGAUGAAACCGGUUUUAUUUGCUGUGUUGUGUGAAAUCAAAGAAAAAACAGUUCUAUCACUGCGAAACACUCAGGAAGAAGAGCCUCCAGAUCCGCAGUUGAUGCGUUUGGACAACAUGUUGAUUGCCGAAGGUGUUGCGGGUCCGGAAAAGGGCGGUGGUGCAGGUGCGGAUAGUGCCGCGGCAGCAAUGGCCGCUGCCAACGAUUUUCUGUCGCAAUCUGAUUUAACCGGUGGUCAAGAUAAUGCCAUCGAGCACUCAGACUAUCGAGCAAAGCUGGCACAGAUUCGCCAGAUUUAUCACCAGGAGUUGGAAAAAUAUGAACAAGCCUGCAGCGAAUUUACCACGCACGUCAUGAACUUACUACGAGAGCAAAGUCGUACAAGGCCUAUUACUCCAAAAGAAAUUGAACGAAUGGUGCAAAUCAUCCAUCGUAAAUUCAGCUCCAUCCAGAUGCAGCUCAAGCAAUCAACCUGUGAAGCCGUAAUGAUCCUGCGUUCCCGAUUCCUGGAUGCUCGAAGAAAGAGACGUAAUUUCAGUAAGCAGGCUUCUGAAAUUCUUAACGAGUACUUCUAUAGCCACCUUAGUAAUCCUUACCCGUCAGAAGAAGCGAAGGAAGAGCUAGCUAGGAAAUGUGGUAUCACGGUUUCCCAAGUGUCGAACUGGUUCGGAAAUAAACGUAUUCGCUACAAAAAGAACAUCGGUAAAGCGCAGGAGGAGGCAAACCUGUACGCUGCUAAGAAGGCAGCCGGUGCAUCACCGUACUCAAUGGGCGGGCCACCAAGUGGUGCCGCCACACCGAUGAUGUCUCCCGCCCCUGCCCAAGAUUCAAUGGGAUAUUCGCUCGGGUCUGGCGGUUACGAUCAGCAGCAACCAUACGACGGCAGUAUGGGAUAUGAUCAGUUACAUCAGGAUCUCAGUCCUUGAAUUGCAGCUAUAAAAAACACACUAGAGGAAAGGGUUCCGUAAUUCCGAACGCCAACGCCAACGUUUGUGGCAUUAAUAACGAGAGCAAUUUUUUUCUGUUUCAAAAUUCAUACAAUGUUGUUUUGCAACAGUUUUCACUAUAAAUAUAAUGCAACUACUACAACUAUGACAGCCACCGAGUCACAGAAGAAAUGUGCACAUACUUCAGAUAAGAUGUGCUAACAAUGUGAGAAAGCGUUAAAGUCUAAUUUUACUUCCAACAAUCAAACACAUCACACUUAAAAAUAGCAAGAAGUAUACGGAUAGAUUGCAUUCGAUAGACUUUAAUAGUAAAAUAAAGUGAGUAGUUGUGCAGAACAUUUUGGUUUCUGCCAAGCUGCUAAUAGCUAUUCAACAACUGAAUUAAGCGUGCGAAUGUGUGGAAAGGAGUUGGCUACAUUUUGCAAAUCUCCUUGCAAUAGUGUAAGUCAAUACGAACUAGGUAAAGCAACAUUGCGUAAAAGUACGGAAGUAAAAGAGUGUGCCAGUAGGUUCCUGCAAGGUUCACAAUCUCAAAAUCCAGAAAAUCCCCAUACAACUGAAGUUUAGAUUUUUUUUAAUCUAGAGAAAGCUAUCAUGAAAUUCAGAAAUACUUUAAUUUCAUGACAUUCUCAAACCCCGAUAAGUAGUGGAUGCGUUUACGAAUUGCCAAUAAGUUUAGUUUUGCUUGAAUGUAAAAUUCAUCUAUUGUUUUAACUGUUCAGAGAUUACUUUUGAUUCAUAGCACGGCAAUGUUCUUGUGUUACACAUUAUAAACAAUUGAAUGUGUGCGUUUUACAUAUUUGUUUGCUGCGUGAAGUUAUGCAAAAUGAAUUGUUAUGAAAAUUCCAUUUUUAAAUGAUUUUGUUACAUUUGGUCAAAAUCCCUAUUUGGUCGUUCACAAUAGUAGAAUAAUAAGGAAGAGAAAUUUUCGUUCAGCAUAUAUGAUCAGCGUGUCAUGUAGGAUCGUUUCAUUUUUAUUGAAUCUCAUAAAUUAAGCAACUUUUACCAUUCAUCACAUUUUAUUACACAUCACAUCCUUUACAAAAUGGUUAAAAAUAAUAUCCUUUUUUCCAUAAGCAAUAUUCAGUUUUUGAAGGUGAUUAGUGUGAUUUUUUAUUUGUCCAAAAGAAGUUUUUCGGAUAAAAGUGGAUGAAACGAAGAUUAGUAUUGAAUACUGCCAGUGAGAGUUUGUGAAAAAGGCGGCAUAUUUUUUCUGGUAUAAUUCAUGCGCAUUGUUUAUAAACAAACAAACAAACAAAACAUAAAUAGAAUCCCAAGAAAAUUGGAAUCGUAGGUAAAGCUGGAAAACAAAACUACUGUGUAUACCAUUAGUUGAUAGGAUUACAUAAGAAGAAUGAUAGCAAGAGCAGAAAAAUAAUGAAAGCAGCAUGAAUGGACCGCAUGAAGAAAAAGAAAACCAUAAUACUUUGAACAAGUACGUACGAAAGAUGAAUAUCUUAUGAACCUGACACUAAAAUACAUCAACACAAUAAUUGUGACUACAUCGAAGUUGGAAUGUAAAAGAUGAGAAAAAAAGUAUCUCAUAAAAUAAACAAAAACACGAAAAACGAAACUAACAUGGAACGGUAGCACGCGCGGAAUUCGGCCAAACUGUGGAAAAGUUAUACAUUAAAAAGUAUAUAUAUAAAUAUAUAUAUAUUUAUUAGUAUUUCAUUUUAGGGAAUAUUCGACGAUUUGAACGAUUAAGGUCAUCAUGCAUGUGCAUUAUUUUAGCAGAAAUUUGCUUAUUUCUUAUAAAAAGUUAAAGCAAAACGCGAACGAUUCGUCGUCGCAGUAGAGCAUUAAUGGAGUGAUAAAACACUCGCGGAGGAGGACGGAUGAGUGCAUGUGUAAGCUGUAGUUUUUGGGAGAAGUUUGAUCUCCUGAUCAGCUGAAUUGUGACUACCAUCAAACUACAAACGGCAAGUACACGCUAACUCUCUAGCGCGAGUUGUCGGCACCGGUUGCAAUGUUUGCGGUGCAAAAACAUUCAAAUUAUAUACGUAAUUAAAAAGUAAUAAAUAGUAAAAAAAAUCCCCCAUAUAGACUACCACUCACCAAUCUGUGUGGCCAAUAUCUGCUACAGCGGGGGAAAAGAAUCGUUGAGGAUCAUUUGUGUCUGGAAUCAGAAAACCUUUAAUAGACACAGAAAUCAUUUUCUUUUCGUUUCUUUUUUUCCUAUUUUCGUCACGGUACAGUUUGUUGCAUUUUUUAACUGUAUAAGAUAAAUUCUUAUUGCACGAAGUUCGAUGAUGUUUUGUUGCAAUAAACAUUCUGGAACGUGUGCGCGUCGUUUUGUUUGUUUGUUUAAUUUUGCCAUUUAUAGUAAGUUCUGUUUGCUUUGUCUGCUACAGGUCAUUACAAAACGUGUUUGGUGAAUAAUUUGUAUGAUUUUAAAUUAAUUAUUUUCCACUUAUCUGAGUUGUAUGAGAACAGUUAUUUGUUUUGACGUUUGGGUAAUUCUUUUACUCUACUGAACACUUUCGAACAACACACAUUCAACUUUAAUUUGAGAUCAUAUUUCUCUGAAGCCCAUCCAGUUGAUACGAGGCAUAUUACCAAAGUAUACAGUGAAAAAACAAUAAGUUUAUAUGUGAAAUAGGUUGCAUUAUUUUUUUCCAUCUCUCUCACCUUCUAUUGUAUGAAUCAGUUAAAUUAGUCAGUGGCAAAUGGAGAGUUUAUAAUUAUUAAACAUUGGUUAUAACUGCUAUAUGUACAAGGCCUCUGGUUAAGAAAAAAGAACACAAACAUAAACCCACACACAAAAUAACAACAACAAAAAAACGUCUGAAACGUCAACGACAAUAUACGUAUGGAUUGUGUAUCUAAAUGCAAAUCUUCUAGAAAUACUCAGUGAAAAUGAAAUAUGGCAGCACACGUAAGAUAACGAUACUUAAAAUGCAAGUGGAGGUGUGUUGGGUCGUCGCUUAUAUGCAGAAAUGCAAACAAAGAGAAGCAAACAAAUCAUUUGUAUACGAAUUAUUAAGGAAGUAAUUUAAAAGAAACUACUCAUCACACACUACAAAUUAUACCGACACCUUUGUGAAUAGUGAAAAAGUCUCUGUGCAGUGUAGUAGAGAAGGGCAAACAAAAACACACAACAAUGAAGAAGCUUACCGAAUGAAUUGAAUUGAUGUAGAACUUAUUCAAAUUUAUUUUCUAUUACGACGACGAUAAUGAUGUUGCACAGUCGUUCAAAAGUACACACGUACGAAGCAAAAGAUGUACAUUUCUUCACUCAGAACGUACUGUUAAAUGACAACAAUAAUUGUAUUGUCUGUUGAAAUGUCUCAACACGAUAGCAAAUUAUACUAAACAUGUACAAAAACAAACAAACAAAAUAACAAAGCACAAAACGUUCGUCGUGUGUUUUAAUGGGUUUUGUUCUGAGUGCUUAACUUAAUCGCCAUUGCAGCAGCAAACAUGGUUUGAACAUGGUUAGUUAACGUUUUUUUUUCGUUUGAAAGAAUUUAAAAGGCUUAAACAAAGAAAAACCUUUUUCUCAGCAAAACAGUGCUUAGAACAAAAACAAAAUACAUUAGAAACAAAACAGCAAGCAUAAAACUAAUAUAUGAAGCGUGGAUAAAACUGGAAAUCUAAGACUCCCUCAGGUAUACGAAAACAGCCCGGCAGCGUUACGAUGGUGAACACUGUAAAUUCACGUUGUGUCAACUUUGAAUGGAAUUUUCAAUUGGAUCGAAUAGAUUGGAAAUUCUGAAACACCUUUGUUUUUCAUCACAUGAAGUUGUAAAGUUAUUUUGUUUCCCAGCGGUAUUAGCAGAGGGCGAGCUGAGUAGAAUUCACAUUCUUUGGGUUUUCACUAUUACAAAACGGUCUUCGUAACCAAUUUAAACCGACUCGGCAUGUAGAUGAUGUUCAUUCUGAACAACAGAAACAUCAAAAUGUAUUUUACACUUUUUCUCGUAGAAAAAGAGGAUGCAUUUUUUUGCUGGAUUCAAAAUAGCGACCGAAAAAAACAACACAUCCAGUUUAUAGUUUGAAUUUUUCUUUCGAAUUUCGUUCUGUCCAUCUAAUUUUCAUAAAAUAUAAAACAUUUAUUGUAAUUACUGUAGUGUUCAUACGCGAAACAGUGUCUCUAAGAAUGAGUGUGCGUGUAUCUGCACAGAGCAAUGAAGGUGCGGUGCAUUUAUGGAAAAAGCGUGUGCGUGUGUGAGGAAGAGAGAGAGAGAGAGAGAGAGAGAGAGAGAGAGAGAGAGAGAGAGAGAGAAGAAACGGAUUUCUCCUCACCUCCCUAAUUAAUAGAACCUUUAAAGAAUUAUUAAGCAAACAAACAAAAACCUACGAACGCGAAGCAGCACGUAAGAAAAAGAGCACACAACUAAAAAAACGAACAAGUGGGAGUAAGAAACGAAAGCAUGUAUACGAAAACGAUUUAAAAAUCUAUCUAUUAAAUUAAAACUUUUAUGUGUACUUAAUUAUAAUGCUACAGAAUAAUAAAACAGAAAAAGGAACAGAAUGAUAUACUAGAAAUAGCA